UGGAAGAGAGGCGAGUUCCCCAGCAACGCAUGCAACGCCAAUAACGGCACAUAGGCUCAGAUUGGACACUGUAAUUCAAUUGGGAAUGGGAAAGUAGAGUCUAACGCAUCAGUAUGCAGUGCAGCCUCAAUCAGUGAUCAUCCAUCAUCGUACACUUUGCUAAAUGGAGUUUUAUGUUCAGAGCGAUUUGAUCCAGACAGAAGCAUGUGAUAUCGAGUUUCACGGAAGCAAUGGAGUGAACUGGUAGUUUGAGAACUGUGAGACUCCUUGAUGGUACCGAUUUUGAGUUUUAAGUUAUUAGCUAGAAAGUGAACCACGAAGUGAUUUCCCGAUACUUGAAAUAUCAUUCAGUGCAAUACAUUUGUCGGCAACAGAGACAAGAGCCCUCAAACCUUUUGAUUGGCUGCGGUUAGUGCCUUCUGCAAGGAAAGCCAUAAUCCGGCUAACUGUCGACAAUCAAUAGUGAUUUUGAAUCUUGCUCGUUUUCAACAAUCCUGAAGCGGAAAAUGGACGACAUCAAGGCGGCAUUGGCGGAUGCUGAUCCAUUUGCCAGUUGGUGGCCCUUCAUUAUUUCCGGGAUUGUGUUUCUCAUCGCUACAGUGAGGUUGUACAUGGGUGGUCAGGUAUGUCCAAAUACAAACACCAUCCGGGACCAGAUCGUGGUGGUAACUGGCGCCAAUGGUGGCAUAGGCAGGGAACUGUGUAAAGAGCUCGUACGUCGUUCGGCUCACGUCAUAAUGGCCUGCCGUAGCAUGGAGAAUGGUGACCGAGUAAUGCAAUCAAUCAUUCGUGAGAUUCCCGGUGCUUCGCUGGAACUUUUGCCGCUGGACCUGCGAUCCUUCGACUGCAUCAGGCGGUUCGCACGAGAGCUACAGACACGUCAUACGCAGAUCGAUGCGUUGGUUAACAAUGCCGGUAUCAUAUUUCACCCGGAAGAGCAAACCGUCGAUGGGUUCGAGACGCAUCUACAGUGCAAUUAUUUAGGGCCUUUUUUGCUAACUCAGCUGCUGUUGCCGAUGCUGGAGCGAGCUCAACAAGGCAGGGUAAUUAAUGUUUCCGCCCAUGGAUACACAGCGGGCAAGAUGAACAUUGAGGAUCCGCUCAACGUUGGAAGCUGGGCGCCCAGGUAUCAUGCGAGGGAUGCAUUCUCCCAUUCCAAACUGGCCAUUACGAUGGCUACUCGAGCGCUAGCCGGGAAGCUGAAAGCUUCAAAAUCCUCCGUCACAGUGAAUGUGUGCAGUCCCGGCUUGGUUCGUGGAACAGACCAUCUCCGAUAUUCCCCCGUUAUGAAGGCACUGUUUGCCAAAGUGUUCACUUACCCUUGGAUGUGGUUAUUUAUGAAAACUCCGUACCAAGGGGCCCAGACGAUGGUUCGGCUGGCAACUGAUCCGGCACUCAGCACAACAUCGGGCGAGUUUUUCAAUGACUGUGAGCAAACGGACGUAUCUGAACUGGCAAAGGACGAUCAAAUGACGGAGAAGUUGUACAAAGAGACUAUGAAGGCGUUAAAACUUUAACUCUCAGCAGAACAGUUGAACCAAACAGUUGCACAAGCGAGAUUCAUCCAUUUUUUGGCAUUUAUUUAUUAUUCAAUGGAAAGCGAUGUUCAAAUUAUGCUACAAGUAAAGAUUUUUACUGGAAAUUGGUCGAAA